CCACGUAUUUGUAUAUUAGAAGAUGGGCUUCACAGGCCCCCACAGGCCUACUUCUCUCCACUGUGACCGUCACCUCACUUUAGCUCCUUAAAAAGGUGCGAGGGGCAAACCAAAGGAAGAAGAAACCACAGCCAUAGACAACCACAGUUACAUUGAGAUUGCCAAACAAGCUCUGUACUUCACUUCCCUCGGCAAAGAAACCAAAGCUUCACUGGAGAGAAGGAGAGGGAGAGGGAGAGAGAGGGGUUCUGUGUUCCAUAUCUGAGUUAUUUACUGGUUGUGGAUUGAUGGAAACUGAAGCACAGGCUCUGCCGAUGACCAAGAGGCCAUCUUCCACCUCGCGGUUCCGAAGGGUCUGCGUCUUCUGUGGCAGCAGCCCCGGGAAGAAAGCCAGCUACCAGCUUGCAGCUAUCCAGCUCGGCCAUGAAUUGGUCCAAAGGAACAUAGACUUGGUGUAUGGUGGGGGAAGUGUUGGCCUCAUGGGUCUUGUCUCUCAAGCUGUUCAUGAAGGCGGUCGCCAUGUCCUGGGAGUCAUUCCCAGGACACUAAUGCCGAGAGAGAUCACAGGUGAGACUGUAGGAGAGGUGAGGGCUGUCUCAGGAAUGCACCAGCGGAAGGCCGAGAUGGCCCGUCAAGCCGAUGCCUUUAUAGCAUUGCCUGGUGGCUACGGAACCCUGGAAGAACUGCUGGAAGUCAUAACCUGGGCUCAGCUGGGCAUCCACGACAAACCGGUGGGUUUGCUGAACGUUGAUGGGUACUACGACUCCCUGCUCUCCUUCAUCGACAAGGCUGUGGACGAGGGAUUCAUCACGCCCACCGCGCGCCGCAUCAUCGUCUCUGCGCAAACUGCUCAUGAGCUGCUCUCCAAGCUGGAGGAUUACGCGCCGAUGCAUGGGGGAGUUGCGCCGGAGCUGGGGCACUCGCCCAAGCUGGAGAUUGCCCGUUGACCGGGCCUCGUUCGUGGAGCGAUGGCUGUCCAUUCUCAUGUUAAUUAUGUCAUUCUUCGAUGAUGCUCAUCUCCAUCGUCUAGUGAUCGAUGUCGCUAUUCUGUGAAAUCAAUUUAUGUGGAGGGGGUGGAUCCCACCACCACUUGUCUUCUUCUUCA